AUGGCUGCUAAAGUCGAUGAAAAAGUCGCCAUCGCUGAAGAAGGCGCCGGCGGUGAGUAUGUUUCCGAGCGGGAUAUGUCGUCUUUGGAAGGCACCGAGCCCACGGAGGACGAAAUGAAGUCGCUCAGACGUGUGGCCAGAAGAAUACCGUUGGCCUGUUGGCUUGUUGCUGUGGUUGAAUUGGCAGAACGUUUUUCGUACUACGGCUUGUCGACGCCGUUCCAGAAUUACAUGCAAUAUCCCAAGCCUCGAGGCGUGUUGAAUUUGAACCAGAACGGUGCCACCGCCUUGUCUUACUUCUGGCAGUUUUGGUGCUAUGUCACCCCGAUUUUCGGUGCCUGGGUCGCCGAUACGUACUUGGGCAAAUACAACACCAUCUGUAUCUUUUGCGUGGUGUACAUGCUUGGUAUUUUGAUUUUGUUUGUCACGUCGAUUCCGUCCAUUUCUGGUGAAACCACCUCGCUUGGUGGGUUUGUCACUGCCGUUAUCAUUAUCGGUUUGGGAACCGGUGGUGUGAAAUCGAACGUUUCGCCCUUGAUCGCCGACCAGAUCCCCAAAACCAAGCCAUCGGUGAAAACGUUGAAAUCAGGCGAAAAGGUCAUCGAGGACCCCAACCUCACCAUCCAGAACGUCUUCAUGUUCUUCUACCUUAUGAUCAAUAUAGGCUCGCUUUCGGUCAUCGCCACGACGGAAUUGGAGAAAAACGUUGAUUUCUGGGCGGCUUACCUCUUGCCGCUCUGCUUCUUCGUUAUUGCCCUUGCGGCGCUUUUCUUGGGUAAAAACGUCUACCACAAGGUGCCUGUGGGAGACAAGGUCAUUGCCAGAUCGUUUCAGUGUACUUUUGUUGCCUUGAAAAAGCUCAACUACGACGCUGCCAGACCUUCUCUUAAUCCAGAAAAAGAGUUCCCUUGGGACGACCAGUUUGUCGAUGAGGUCCAGAGAGCCUUGUACGCCUGUAAGGUCUUCUGCAUCUACCCCAUCUACUGGUUGGUUUACGGCCAGAUGACGAACAAUUUCGUUUCUUCUGCCGGUCAAAUGGAGCUCCACGGUCUCCCCAACGAUAUUCUCCAGGCCAUCGACUCCAUCACCAUCAUCAUUUUCAUCCCCGUUUGCGAGAGUAUCGUGUAUCCGUUCAUCAGAAGAUUCACGCCUUUCAGAGCCAUCACCAAGAUUUUCUGGGGUUUCAUGUUUGGCGCUGCCUCCAUGGUUUACGCUGCCGUUUUGCAGCAUUUCAUCUAUGCUGCUGGUCCAUGUUACGAAUUCCCCAUGUCUUGUGCUCCUGAGUACGCUGACACUCCUAACAGAAUCCACGUUGCUCUUCAGACUCCCGCUUAUUUCUUGAUUGGUAUGUCUGAAAUUUUGGCCUCCAUUACCGGUUUGGAGUAUGCCUACACCAAGGCUCCAGUGACAAUGAAAUCGUUUAUCAUGUCGCUUUUCCUUUUGCAGAAUGCCUUUGGUUCUGCUCUUGGUAUUGCUCUUUCGCCUGUGUCCAAAAACCCCAAGAUGGUCUGGACGUAUACAGGUUUGGCCGUUUCGUGCUUUAUUGCAGGUUGGAUCUUCUGGUUCCUCUUCAAGCAUUACAACGACAAGGAGGACGAAUGGAACGAUUUGGAGUAUGAGAAGGAGGGCGAGGGCUUGGAGCCUGUGGUUUCCUUGACGAAGUCUUUUAAAUGA